AUGUCCACCAUGAGACUCAAGUUUGUUGGCCUUGCUGCUUCCCUCCUUGUCUCGUGGGCUCAAGCCGUGCCGGGCGGCAGUGUCUCUGCUGAUGGUGGUGGCUGGGGCACAGACAAGGCGACAGUGACAGUGUCGGUGCCAGGGCCAACCGUCACGGAGACAUGUACGGUUACGUCGUGGGUGCCCGGACCUACAACUACGUACACGGUUACAACCUCAAUUCCAGGACCGACAAUCAAAAUAACAGAUACGAUCACUUCGUGGGUACCGGGGCCGACUGUUACAAACAUUGUCACCAGCGCAAUCCCUGGACCGACAACCACUGUUACUGCACCUCCUCGCACAGAUACCGUUACUGCAACGGUCCCAGGACCAACUGUCACGAACACGGUCACCUCAGCAGUUCCAGGACCGACGAUCACCAAUAUCGUCACCUCGACAAUUGUCCAGCCGACCACCGUUGUUCAACCCACCACUGUCUCGAGGACGGUCACUACGCUGAACUUGAGCACAAUCACCAACACAGUUUCAACCACAAUCACGUCGACCAACACUGUUUCGACGUGCCCGACUUCCUCAUUGACCGGACUCGUCACCUGUACUUCGAGAAUCGUCAACCCAACUUAUACCCCUCCGGCUCCGCUGCCCACCGACUAUCUCUGGGGGUGCCCUCCUGGAACGAUUUGCACACCUCCUCAGAUUGGCUGCAACUGGGAACAGAACCCUCCUGCUGAUACUUACGUGUGUGCUCCCUCGGAAUGCAGACCUGCUCCUCCCCUUCCCAAUAUUACCGACUUCAACUCGUUGUGGCCCAACCCCACCAACGCCACUUGUGCGUGGUACAAUCCCACUCUGGGCUACUUUCAUCUCAACCCCGAGCAUUUUGGUCUCUCGUUCGCGAUCUUCAACGUUUUCGGCCAGCCGGUAUGCCCGACAGACGAGAAGCCCAAGACUGUCGGCUGGGUUGAUUGGCUCAAGCCCCACCCAGGUUCUCCGCCCAAGUUGUCGCGACGCGUCACUGGUCCGAACCCUCUCGCACAGAUUCUGCGCCGCCAGAGCCUUGCUAUCGCUCCUGAACAGUGCUAUUCAGUCUUUGACGCUGCCACCCUAGUCGCGGAGAAUACCGGCCACGUCUACGAACGACUCUGCCCUCCCAACACACCUUUCCAAAGUGCCGUCUCUGCCUGCCGAUCAUGCGCUGCGGCGAACGCUGGCACCUCAUCGACAGUUGACGAUUACCCGGACCUGCAAAAUUUCUUUAAUUGGUGUUCGCAACAUGCUCCCUGA